GGGCUUCUUGUUUCAAAAGCCCAAAGAAAAAGGAGGGCCCGAAAACCAACAUGAGGCCCAAGCUGGCAGUGUGGAUAGAACUGGAUAAGGGGAGAGAGCCUUCCUUGUCAGUCUGAUUAAUUCAUAAAGCGGGAACGAAGUGAGAAUCGUCGCCGGUGAAGAUAAAUCGGAGUUAGUUGAGAAAGCAAAUGGCGGCUUGUUCGUUCACCAGCAACUUUCUGGGGUUCGGGCAGCUCAAGCUAACGGCAUUAGCCUCAGGGAAUCACCGCCCGAGCUCAUCAAUUGCUCCACCGAGCUUAGUCACAGUUCAAGCCAAAACCAGAACCAGACAAGACGACAGGACCGCCCGCCAUGCCCGAAUCAGAAAGAAGGUUGAAGGCACUACGGAGCGGCCGAGGCUUUCGGUCUACCGUUCGAACAAGCAUUUCUACGUCCAGGUGAUCGAUGACUCCAAGAUGCACACCCUCGCCGCGGCCUCCACAAUGCAGAAGCUGCUCGCGGAAGAGCUCAAUUUCAGCUCGGGGCCAACAAUUGAGGUAGCAAAGAAGGUGGGUGAAGCAAUAGCCAAGGCAUGCUUGGAGAAAGGGAUAACUAAAGUGGCAUUUGAUAGAGGGGGUUACCCAUACCAUGGACGAGUUAAAGCGCUUGCUGAUGCAGCUCGGGAGAACGGGCUUGAGUUCUGAAAUGGACUAGGUUAGUCACUUCCGAAUGCUCAUUUUCAUUCAAUUCGGCAUUGUUGUGAUGCGAUGGAGCAAGUUGUAGUGCUAGGAACCUGCCUGUAAUGUUGUUUGGUUGUGAAAAAGUUCCAGUUGUCUUGUUUUCUUCUAUUUGAUGUCAAGAACAGCAAGUGAUAAUCCAAUUGAAAAGUUAGCAUUUUGUUUCAGUGAUCAGCAGCUUGGCCUUCAAAAUGUUUGUGUUAUGCCAAAUUAGGACCAUCUUUUGAAAGUUAAGUGUCAAAGCACAGGACUUGGAACCAAAAUGAAUAAUGGAAACAGUUCAUGAAACUUGUUCUAUACUAUUUAGUCAUAAUCCUAGUUGAAAGUUAACUGGUGGGUAGGAUUCUCUUUCAAUGAUACAGCAAGAUUCUAGACUCCAAAAUCGACAGAAUAGUUGGAAUUUACCAUGCCAAUGGAACAGUUGGAAUAAUCUGCUGAACAAUCAGUUGAAUAACAUUCUCAAAGCAUCAUUAACAGCAUAGAUAGAAGCGAAAAACAAUUGGGAAUCAGUAGAAUUUAGAAAUAGAUCAAUGGUUUCUUCAAUGUUUAGUUCCCAAGCAUGGUUUGGGAAAUACUACCAACCCUUUAGUUUCUUCUUUCUUCCAGAAUUUGGUUAGGCCUAGCAUGCAGCGGCGCCUUGUUCCAACUCAAUCUGAAUCCUCAGUAUCAACACUUAGGAGCUCUACCAUCUUAAGUUUCUUCCUCAAGUUGAUGGUCAACUUCUCUGGAUUGACUCUAUCUCCCACCACCACCAAAUACUCUUUACAUUCUCCUUCGAGUCCCACAAAGUUGACACCUGCCCAAUUCACAUUCUUGGUCAAAACUUUUUUGUUCUGUUAGUAUGAUAUUUUCAAAAGAGUUAAGAUGGGUAAAUCCUUAAAUGUAGGGUAAUGUGGGAGGGAUGAGAGCUGAGCUUACCCUCAGUCCCUGCAGCAAUCUGGAGUGCUUUGCUCUGUGAUUUCUCACAGUUGAAAUGCAGUUUGAACACAAUCCUUUUCUGCAACUACACCAUAGCAUUAGGAAGAGUGGGUGAACUAGUUUGGAAACAGAAAACCUGCAUGGAAAAGUAUCAUGGUAGAAGAAAAGGAAAAAAAGAGUAGAAACUUAAAAGGAGGGGUUCUUACAGUCAUCCUCCUCCUUUAGAUCAGGGAAGCUCAGAAUACUUCUGUAAACUGGUCGAGCAGAGAAGGUAAAAGGGUCGGGGAUAGAGAGAGUGUCUGUGAAAAGAGUUGAUAGCUUGGUUAGAAGCAAUAGCAGAGGAAGCAGCUGUGUGUAUUUUUUAUACGAAACAAGUGAGUGAGUAUAGGUCAGUUGUGCUGGUCAUAUCAGUGUAUAAAGAGAAUGCUGGUAGACGCUGUCACGAUCUUAUCAUUAUAUCUUGAACCAUUAGUCUGGCAUUGUUCUGAAACACAAGUUUUCAAUUAAAUUGCAGCUCAGAGGUAGAAAUGUGUUGCUGUCUGUGUGCAUUUCCUGUAUUUGGUCAUUCAACACCAUGUCUGGAGUGGAAAGGGUGCGUUCUUUCUGGCUUUGCUGAUUUGCCUCUUUUGGGUCGUUACCAGGUGGGUGUUUCUGCCUGCAACGACGACCAGUGUCCACGUGCAGUCAAAGCCUCUCUUUAAUUUUUCUUUCUCUAUUUGCCUUCUGGUGUUUGUUUACCUGACGAAGAAAGAAUUUGUACUUUUAUAGCCUUUGUGGUAUUGUCUCUAUAGCAACGACUCUUUAACAACGGCCGUCAGUACUGUCGUUGAAACAAGUCGAAACUGAAAUAAGAGGCCCAAUAUAUAUCUAACACACCA